AUGGGAACCGAAGGGCGUUGGGAGCUCCUCAAUCUCAACCUUGAGGGCUUACCCAAGCUCCUCGUCAAAUAUGUCAUUGGCGCCGCCGGCUUCACUGUAUCUAUCACCGAUCUUGCGAAUAUAUGGAUUGAGACUCUAACCAAUGUCGAUGUCAUACGCAAUGCCGAGAUACAGAAUUGCAGCAUCAAUCCUGGCGAUGAUGCAGGCCAAUUGCGGAUAUUACUUGAACAGAUUCGCGAUAUUCUACGCCACAAAGAUGGCACUACUGUUCACCUUGCCCUACAGCCUCCUGACCAUCUGAGACUUGCACUAAGAGCUCCUUUACCGCCUCCUUUGCCUCCGUUUGAAUGGAACAUGGUGCUCACCAAAGCCACAUCGAUCGAAGUAGUUUCUGAAGUCAUUUCACCUCUUCUCUUACUUGCUCAUCAACAGCAACAGCAGCUCAGUUUUCUGCUCGGCCAACUCAAAGACAAGGAUCAUGCCAUGUCGAGAUUACUUGAUAAAAUGGAAGCCACAAAUACCGAUCUUGGAUCUGUUUUCCCAGGAGUAUCGGCUGGCAGAAGCUCUCAAAAGUCUUUGAAAAGAAAUCAUGUAGCGAAUCGUGUCCCAGGCCUCGCUCCUUUCCAACCCGGCUCUGAGCUGCAACACAGCGGAGAUGCACCCUCUACCGAGACACUCUAUGCUGUUCUUCGCGAUGUGCCUGGUGAUAUAUCUCCCAGCAUAGCUAACACUUAUGACGCAUGGUGGCGGAAUAUGCCCAGUCAACAGGAAAGCAUAGAAGUCAGUGUGCCUAUGCCUUCGGCCCUAGAUGACGUUGAAACAGACGAUGAUUUGGACUUCCAAACACAGACGAUACCAGAGCAAUUGCAGCGACAGAUGCCUGCGAACAUAUCCUCGCCGGUCCGCUCAUCUAGGCGCGCGCAAAGGCACAUUUCUGCUAACGACGACAGUACAGACGAUGGUCGGGUCACGUCGUCUCCCCCUCUCCCCCCUGCUCUUGGUAACUUCCGUCUUGGCCAGACGGAGACACCAGCACCUGAUAGUCCAAGCAAACGCUCGAACACAUCGAACACACAGACAAGACGCAUUGGAGCAAUCGGAGCCCGAUCUAGCUCUCAAGCUCUGCCGGCUUCCUCACCACCAAAGCCGUACGCGGAUAUUGAAACUGACCGUGGCUUGCGAUCGAGAACAAUGCUGUCACCAACCCCAUCCUCGAUGAUGCCUCCUCAAAGCCAAGUGUCUCCGCGGAAACGUAGACUCGGAGGGAUUGGACGUGGUAGCUCACAGAUGCAGCCGUCACUCAGCAGAUGGUCAUCGCAGGCUCCACCUAUUCUUGAAGAAGAUCAACAGGACAACGCUGACCUUGAUCUGAGACUUACUUCCACAGCUCGUGAGAGUCGUGAGGAUACGGUCGAAGUUCGAAAGACUCGGGGAAAGCGAAAAGCUAGCGAGGAAAGGGAAUCAACGCCAGAAGAAACAUCGGCAGACAGGGCAGACAGGAAGAGGCAAGAGCUGAAGCAGAAUGAAAAGUCGAAAGCGCCCGUCAAGAGGAAAAGGCGGUUCUAA